AUGAGCUGGGGAUUCCUAUGUGAUCUGCUGAGUGGAGUGAAUAAAUAUUCAACAGGAAUUGGAAGAAUCUGGGUAGCAGUUGUGUUCAUAUUCCGCUUACUGGUUUAUGUUGCGGCCGCAGAAAACAUCUGGAAAUAUGACCACGAUGAAUUUGAAUGCAAUAUCAAGCAGCCUGGUUGUGAAAAUGUCUGCUUUGACCAUUUUUUCCCUGUCUCCCACAUCAGACUUUGGGCUUUACAAUUAAUCAUUGUCUCCACCCCUUCCCUCUUGGUUGUUUUUCAUGUUGCUUACCGAGAGAACAGGGAGAAACACCACAACCAGAAACUUUAUAAAAGCCCAGGAGAGAUAGAUGGUGGAUUGCUGUGCACUUACCUUAUCAGCCUUGUUUUAAAAACAGGAUUUGAAAUAGUUUUUCUUGUUCUAUUUUAUAAAUUGUACAACGGAUUCAAAGUACCACGUCUUGUGAAAUGUGACAUAAGACCAUGUCCCAAUACCGUAGACUGCUAUAUUUCCAAACCCACAGAGAAGAUGAUUUUCCUCUAUUUUCUGGUGGCAACUUCAUGCCUGUGCAUUGUAUUAAAUCUAAGUGAAUUGAGUUAUCUCAUUUUCAAAUACUCCAUAAAAUGUUAUCUGAAGAGGUACAUCAAGAAACAACGUCAAGUCUCAAAAAGUGAUUGCCACAAAUCAGAAAUCACCGUCAGCAAGAGGCAGAAGAGCGUGGAGGGAGCCUAUGCCACCAAUAGAGCACAACCACCGAGUUUAUCUGUAAGAUCACAAUCUCACUUCCCUUUCUGAAAAGUGCCUUGUUUAUUCAGUUUUUAACGGUAUGGCAUAAGGACUCACGUAUUUUAUAGAUAGAUACCAAACUGGUAUUAUCAAAAUAAACCAUCUGUUUUAUAAACCCACUAUUUACAAAACCGGUUUCUGAAGUUUUUUUGUUUUUUUUAACAAAAAUUAAACUAUACACCAAUCUAAGUUACAGAAACAAAAAUAACCUUUAUAAGAUCACAUGUAUAAAACAAGAAAUGAAAUGUGAUUUUAUUUAAGGCAAUACUGGGCUACUUCACAAAUCACCACCUCAAAUAUAUACACUGCUCCACACUACUAAUUUUCUAUCACAUUCACAAUGAAUUCUUUAAUACCAAAUAUUGUUUUAAAUCUCCAAUGUAGCAAACUAUUUUUAUUCACAUUUCCAUUUUUAUUAUGGAAUCAUAAAUGCUUUGUAUCCAAUUAAAAGCAAUGAAAAAUGUAGCUAUAAGAAAACUAUUGUAUUUAUGAGUUAACUACAUAUGAAUAUCAUCCAUAGAUACUGGAUGUUAAAAUUUACAAAAAUGGGAGCAUCAGUACGUUUAACUUAUGAAAUGUGAUCUUAUCCAGCUCCUCUCCUGUAAAUAAAUGCUUUAUGCAAAAUAAACUGGAUAUGGCAGACUUAGCUAGUUCUAGUUCAAAAGUUCUUAAUUUAAAAUGAUUAAAGGACAGUUUUAAAAACUUGCUCACUUAGUUACAAAUUAAAAUUCCAAAUAUAAAUGUGUCAUUUAAUAGUUUAGACUUACAGACUGCUGGUGGCAGCAAAUGAUUUACAAUAAUAAAUAUAUACAAAAAAAAAAAUGUAUCUACAAACAAAGAGUACUGUUAUACAUGAGCAGUGACCUGGUGAAAGAUACCAA